AUGGCGUCGUUGGGCGAUGACCUCUUGGUCACUGUGAACAAGCUCCAGGACUUGGUGUUCAACACUAUUGGCAACGAUUCCCUCGAUCUGCCUCAGAUUGUUGUGGUUGGCUCUCAAUCGUCUGGCAAGUCGUCCGUCCUAGAGAACAUCGUGGGACGAGACUUCUUACCACGCGGUAGUGGAAUCGUUACUCGGCGCCCCCUGAUCCUCCAACUCAUCAACAUCCCCAGCGAGCGCCCCGACAGGCCCGAAAAUGACGAGGUCCAUGUCCCGCACACGCCCGCUAGCGUGGCCGGCCAACAUGAAUGGGCAGAGUUCCACCACCUCCCUGGUCGCAAGUUCGAUGAUUUCUCUAUGGUGAAGCAAGAGAUAGAGGCGGAGACAGCGCGCAUUGCUGGGCAUCAACCGGCAGCCGAUCAACCUCAAGAUCUUUUCCCCCACGUCUUGAACUUGACCUUGGUUGAUCUGCCGGGCUUGACCAAGGUGCCGAUUGGCGACCAGCCGUCUGAUAUCGAGAAGCAGACCCGCACUCUGAUCUUGGAGUAUAUCGCCAAGCCGAACAGUAUCAUUCUCGCCGUGUCUCCCGCCAACGUGGACUUGGUAAACUCGGAGGCACUCAAACUAGCCCGCCAGGUGGAUCCCAUGGGCCGGAGGACGAUCGGCGUCCUGUCUAAAUUGGAUUUGAUGGAUCAUGGAACUAAUGCUAUGGACAUUCUGUCGGGUCGCGUAUAUCCUUUGAAGCUGGGCUUCAUCGGUGUUGUCAAUCGCUCGCAGCAAGAUAUCCAAUCUGGCAAAUCGCUUUCGGAGGCUCUGCGCGCCGAAGCAGACUUCUUCCGUCACCACCCGGCGUAUCGAAACAUGGCCAAUCGAUGCGGCACUCAAUUUCUGGCGAAGACAUUGAACUCCACUUUGAUGGCGCAUAUUCGAGACCGCCUGCCCGACAUUAAGGCACGCCUCAAUACGCUGAUGGGCCAAACUCAGCAAGAGUUGGCAAGCUACGGAAACAAGCAGUUCAGCGGAAAGGAACAUCGUGGAUCUCUCAUCCUGCAGCUCAUGACCCGCUUUGCCUCAUCAUUCAUCUCAUCCAUAGACGGUACCUCCUCUGAAAUCUCAACCAAGGAGCUUUGUGGAGGUGCCCGAAUUUACUAUAUCUUCAAUGAGGUCUUUGGAAACUCCUUGGAGACGAUUGACCCAACACACAACUUGACUGUCUCGGAUAUUAGAACUGCAAUCCGCAACUCCACGGGUCCCCGACCCAGUCUGUUCGUGCCUGAGCUGGCCUUUGAUCUUCUGGUUAAGCCUCAGAUCAAGCUGCUGGAGGCGCCUGCUCAGCGGUGUGUGGAACUGGUAUAUGAGGAGCUCAUCAAGAUCUGUCACACCUGUGGCUCACAGGAACUCCUGCGGUUCCCCCGACUCCAGGGCAAGCUCAUUGAAGUCGUGUCCGACCUUCUUCGUGAACGGUUGGGUCCCUGCGCCGGGUAUGUGGAAUCUCUGAUCUCCAUCCAGAGAGCCUACAUCAACACCAACCAUCCCAACUUCCCCGGUGCGGCGGCUGCUAUGCAAUCGAUCAUUCAGAACAGACAAGAGGAAGAGCGGAAGGCAAUUCUUGCAGAGGAAAAACGCAAGCGUGAGAAGCGACGUCUGAAAGAGAUCGGAUCGGCUAAUGGUGUUGCCGGCGCGCCAGAUGACGAGGACGCACAGGCUGAAUCCAAGUCGCACAACCUUCCUAUCCGGAACCACUCUACAAAAGGCACGCGAAGCAUGUCGCCCCAUGUUGGACGGGUCACCGAGAAUGGCAUUGCUGCUACUUUGAAUGGCCCCCAAGCGAACCAUGCGGGCGGUUUCGGUGGCUCGCACACUACUCGCGAUUCGUUCUUGAACUACUUCUUUGGCAAAGAAGGCGGCAUUCCCAGUCCGGGACCAUCGUCUCAGUCCAACCUGACACGAUCGGUGGCCCAUCACAGCGAGCCAAGCAUUAGCCAGAGCCUUCGUCGCCCGGAGGUUCGUUCACCUGUUAUGCCUUCUGAAGAAUAUCCAGCACCCCUAAGCGAGUAUGGUGGUGAUAUUUCUGCUUUCCCUCAUGAGAACGCAGAGCCAACCCUAACAGAUCGCGAGAUCCUCGAAACCGAGCUGAUCCGUCGCCUCAUUUCCUCUUAUUUCAAUAUCGUACGAGAGACUAUCGCCGACCAAGUACCAAAGGCCAUCAUGCAUCUCCUAGUCAACCACAGCAAGGAUGUUGUGCAGAACCGACUAGUCAGCGAGCUCUACAAGGAGGACCUCUUUGGCGAAUUGUUGUACGAAGAUGAUGGCAUUAAGGCUGAGCGGGAGAAGUGCGAGCGGCUCUUGGAGACUUACAAGGAAGCUGCCAAGAUUGUGGGCGAAGUUCUAUAG